AUGGCAGUCGGCACACCACUUGGACGGGGAGUAUUCGUUCCUAUUCCCACCUUUUUCAAGGAUAAUGAAGACCUCGACUUUGAUGCUCUUGAAAAGCACAUCCAAUAUUUAUCUAACAAGGGCCUUGCUGGCAUUAUCUUUCUCGGUUCAAUGGGCGAGGCCGUCCAUCUUUCUGAUGAAGAACGACGUCAAGUCAUUUCCAAGGGUGCUGAACUCGUGAAGAAAUAUGAUAGUUCUAUCAAGGUGCUUGCAGGUGCCAGCGCUGGUUCAGCGCGUCACACCAUUGAGCUCACCAAGCAAGCUGCUGAUGCAGGUGCUGAAUACGUGCUUGUCUUACCCCCUUCUUAUUAUCGCGGCAAUGUCGAUAGUGAAGCCAUUGAGUCUUUCUUUACCCGUGUUGCUGAUCAAAGUCCCGUGCCUGUCGUGAUUUACAACUAUCCUGGUGUCACACAAGGGGUGGAUAUCACCGUCCAAAGUCUGGCAAAGUUGGCCAAACAUCCAAACAUUGUAGGUGUCAAAGGCACUGAUGGUAAUAUUGGCAAGGUUGGCUAUCUUGGUGCACGUAUCAAGCCUGAAGACAACUUUGCAUUGCUUGCUGGUUCAGCUGACUUUUUCCUUCCUGCAUUGGCAGUGGGUGCAGUGGGUGUGGUACCUGGUCUCGGUAAUGUGGCACCUCGUGCAUGCGUUGAAGUACAGCGAUUAUUUGAAAGUGGCAAACUUGCAGCGGCUACCCAAUUGCAACAACAGCUCGUUGAGCCUGAUGAUGCACUUGCCCGUUGGUAUGGCAACCCUGGUGUCAAGGCUGGAAUGAACCGCGUACUUGGUUGGGGAGGUCUUCCUCGAUGCCCACUUCGUCCACCUUCCGAUGAUCAAAUCGACCGUAUUGUUCAAGCUGUGGAUACUGCUCUCUCCAUUGAGAAAUCACUCGCCUAA